ACCAUUGGACGCGGAUGUGCCAGCUCUCUCCCUUGUGAACAUCUCAGAGGCGUUUGGCACCAGCGCAGGCCAUGGACGCGGAGUCGGUCGCUUCGUUGGACCACCUGUUCGACGCUCUCGGGGUCGGGCGCUGGACCCUCGCCGUGUUCUUCACGUACUUAUGCUGGGCAUUCCUCCUCCCUCCAUUCUCCCUGGGGGGUGCCUUCUACAAUGGCGCGGUGGACCACUGGUGCGACAUACCUCAACUCAGCAACAGCUCCUGGACUCUAGAGCAACGACUCAAUUACUCUAUACCAUGGGAGGAAAACAGGAAUCAAAUGAGGCGAUCACAGUGCAGGAUGUACGUAAGAGACUACGAGGCCGUUGCUGACCUUCCCUGGUCAACUGACCUUGCUUUGACCCCUGAUGAAGCAGCAAGUUUGGAAACGACUUCAUGCAGCCACUGGGAGUAUGACACCUCAACAUUUCACUCGACGGUCGCAAGUGAGUGGGACCUGGUGUGCGACCGGGCGUAUCUCAGCCCGUUGUUCCAGAGUUUCUACUACUUCGGGUGCGCCGUCGGGGAUCCCGUGCUCGGAUUACUCUCGGACAAAUACGGACGCAAAACUGUGGUGUUCGGAGUCGCUUUGAUAUUCUCCGCGAUGGCUCUGACUUCGGCGCUAGCACACACUUACCCUGUGAUGCUCGUAGCAUGGUUUGUCAUGGGCCUAAUGCAUCCCAUCUGUGGUGUUGUCUAUGUCAAAGUGGUAGAGGCAUGUCCAACUAAACAUCGCACAGUAGUCGGUAUUCUGACGACGUCCCCGUUUGCUCUUGGUGGGAUGGCCUUCGGCGGAUGGGCGUUCCUCCUGCGGGACUGGCGCACCCUCCAGCUGGUGUGCAUGGCGCCCGCGGCCCUGCUUCUGGCUCACCUCCCUUUCAUCGACGAGUCUCCGCGUUGGCUGGCGGUGAAGGGCAGGGUUGAUGAGGCGGAGCGGAUUUUCGCCAAGGCGGCGCGCUGGCACGGCGUCGCCCUGCCUGCGCAACUGCCCGAAAUCCUUCAGAAGUGCAAGGAUCACGCGGCGAUAAACGAGAAGGCAAGGAGACUCGAGAAGAGUGGCAAGUGCGGGCCAGUUCGGAAGUGGAUGAAUGACGUGGCCGUGCUGGUCUCAAGCCCCGCCCUCAGAAGGAUUACGCUGGUCAUGUUCGGCAACUUCUUCUUCACCGGCUUCACCUACUGGGGCAUCAGCCUCGCUGGAAACACCUUCAGCCAGGACCCGUUCCUGUACAUGCUGUUCAGCAGCGCGUUGGAAGUCCCCGCGUACACUGUCUUUGCCCCCAUCGUUAUGCUGUUCGGUCGACGCCGCGUCCUCGCCGCAAACUUUGCUGUGUGUGCUGCAGCCAUUCUCGCCAUCCUUAUUGUUCCCGGCAGCUGGACUUGGGUCAUCUUUUCCCUUGCACUGGUGGGAAAGUUCUUUAUCACUGGAAACUACAACGUCCUCUACCUAGUGUGUUCGGAAGUAUUCCCUACGUGUGUUAGAUCAAGAGGGCUGAACCUCUCCUCGACCAUGGCGCGUCUCAGCUCUAUUCUUUCGCCUUUCAUCAUUCAGAUCAUGGGCCAGACAUAUUGGUGGGCGCCAUCGGUGUUCUUCGGCAGUAGCGCCGCCAUCGGAGGACUCCUAUCACUGCUGCUGCCCGAGACCAGCAACCAGCCGCUGCCGGACAACAUUGAGGAACUUCGAGCGCUUUACAGUAGAGACCGAACAUCGCCCGACAAGAUUCUUUCCAGGGAACAGGAAGCAUCUCCCUUGAAUAAUGCAGACGACACUGCGACCUCAGCUGUUUAAAGUCAUUCCGCUUUCACCCCGUUGUUUUCUCUUCCAUAUAGGUUUACCUCAACUGUCAAUUAAUUUCAGCUGUGUACUUGUUAAUACCAAUAGCGUACAGUUUCAUAAGAACAAUUUCUGCAAAAGAAGAUAACACUGUGAUGUAUCUUGGAAAUGAUAUUGCACGGUGAAUACUCAGAUUCAGAAUACUGUACAAAACAAUAUGUUGGAGCCUUUUCUCUCCUUUAUGAUCUUUGACUUACUUUUUUGGUAUCUGAAAGUUGAUAUGAUGAGCUAUUAAAAAUAU